CUUACUUUUCCUCAUCUGGUGAAUGGGCGAGGGCCUUGCUUGGGCUUCCAGGAGCAUGAGAGCUGGCCCUGAGCCAGGCCCUCCCUCCAUGCCCCCCCGGGACACCAGUGACUCAGACGCCACAGGCAGCCCAGACAGGGGAAGAAGCAGAGGAGUGAGGGUGAUCAGAACUGGGAUGGGGGACACUGCAGGCAGAGGGGGAGCCCAGAGGAGGUGCCAGAACAAGCCUGGGCGGUCCGGGAAGUAUGAGCUGAGAGCAGAAGGCCCCACCAGCAUGGGCAGUCUCGUGUACCGAGAAGAACUUGAGGAGGACAAGAACUCAGCGUUCACCUGGGAGGUGCAGGCCAACAACAAGGCCUACAACAGGCAGUUCAAGCAGAAGGCCUUCCUGUGCUGGUGGAGGAAGAAGUACAAGAGGAAUGCCAUCCACACGGCUAAGUACAACGUCUUCUCCUUCCUGCCCUUGAACCUGUAUGAGCAGUUCCACCGCGUGUCCAACCUCUACUUCCUUCUCAUCAUCGUCCUCCAGGGCAUCCCUGAGAUCUCCACGCUGCCCUGGUUCACUCUCUUCGCCCCGUUGGUCUGCCUCCUCACCAUCCGAGCCACCCGAGACCUGGUGGAUGACAUUGGGCGACACAGGAGCGACAGGGCCAUCAACAAUAGGCCAUGCCAGAUCCUGGUGGGGAAGAGCUUCCUGUGGAGAAAAUGGAAGAAUCUGUGUGUGGGAGAUUUGGUCUGCCUGCACAAGGACAGCAUUGUCCCGGCUGACUUAGUCUUGCUGGCCAGCACGGAGCCCAGCAGCUUGUGCUACGUGGAGACAGCUGACAUCGACGGGGAGACCAACUUGAAGUUCAGGCAGGCCCCAACAAUCACGCACCAUGAACUGACCAACAUAAGGAAGAUGGCAUCCUUCCAAGGCAAAGUGGUGUGUGAGGAGCCCAACAGCCGGAUGCACCACUUCGUGGGGUGCCUGGAGUGGGAGGGCAAGAAAUAUCCCCUGGAUAGCGGCAACAUCCUCCUGCGUGGCUGCAGGAUCCGGAACACAGACACCUGCUAUGGGAUGGUCAUCUACGCCGGUUUUGACACAAAGAUCAUGAAAAACUGUGGCAAGAUCCAUCUGAAGAGAACCAAGCUGGACCAUCUGAUGAACAGACUGGUGGUCCUGAUAUUUCUGAGCAUGGUAGCGAUCUCCGCGGCCCUGACAUUGGGCUUCCGGUUCAAGGUGAAGGAGUUCAAGGCCACGCACCACUACGUGUCUGCCAAGCACGACCGCAGCGAGGACAUGGAUACCUUCUUCAUCUUUUGGGGCUUCCUCAUCCUGCUCAGCGUCAUGGUGCCCAUGGCCAUGUUCAUCAUCGCCGAGUUCAUCUACCUGGGGAACAGCGUCUUCAUCAACUGGGACGUGCACAUGUAUUACGAGCCCCAGGACUUUCCUGCUAAAGCGCGAAGCACCAGCCUCAACGACCAGCUGGGCCAGGUGGAGUACAUUUUCUCUGACAAGACGGGCACCCUCACCCAGAACAUCAUGACCUUCAAGAAGUGCUGCAUCAAUGGCGUUAUCUACGGUGGGGACCCGCCCUGACCCCCUUGCCCCGCUGAGGACCCCUACCGCUGGAACAAGUUUGCCGACGGGAAGCUGCUAUUCCAUGAUGCAGAACUCCUGCGCAUCGUGCAAGCCAACAAGGACCAGAUAGUGCGCGAGUUCUGGCGUGUGCUGGCCAUCUGCCACACCGUGAUGGUGCAGGAGAAGAACAGUGAGCGGCCAGACCAGCUGUUGUAUCAGGCAGCUUCCCCAGACGAGGAGGCACUGGUCACGGCAGCCCGGAACUUCGGCUAUGUGUUCCUGGCACGCACGCAGGACAGCAUCACCUUGAUGGAGCUGGGGGAGGAGCGGGUAUACCAGGUCCUGGCCAUGAUGGACUUCAACAGCAUCCGCAAGCGGAUGUCAGUGCUCGUCCGCACCCCCGAAGGCUCCAUCUACCUCUACACCAAAGGUGCCGACACGGUCAUCUAUGAGCGCUUGCACAAGAAAGGCCCAAUGGAGUGGACCACAGAGGAUGCCCUGGCCUCCUUUGCCGAGCAGACCCUGCGGACGCUGUGCCUGGCCUACAAGGAGGUGAACGAGGACACAUACGAAGAGUGGCGCCAGAGGCACCAGGAGGCCAGCAUCCUGCUUCAGAAUCGGGCCCACGCCCUGCACCAGGUGUAUGAGGAGAUGGAACAGAACCUCCAGCUGCUGGGAGCCACAGCCAUUGAGGACAGGCUCCAGGAUGGUGUCCCUGAAACCAUCAAAUGUCUCAAGCAGGGGAACAUCAAAGUGUGGGUGCUCACUGGGGACAAGCAAGAGACAGCUGUGAACAUCGGCUUUGCCUGCCAGCUGCUCUCAGAGAACAUGGUCAUUCUGGAAGAGAAGGAGAUACUGCGGAUCCUGGAGUCCUACUGGGAGAACAACAACAACCUGCAGGGUGGCAAGAAGGGUCGCCGGAAGAACCAGCUCCCAACGCAGGUCAAGAUCGCCUUGGUCAUUAAUGGGGAGUUCCUGGACCAGCUGCUGCUGUCCCUGCGCAAGGAGCCCCGGGCCCUAGUCCAGAAGGCAACCUUGGACACAGAAGAGUGGCAGGAGCCUGGCGAGGAGAGGCUUCUGCAGGCCAGGCGCCUGUCCCUGAUGUGGCGGACUCUUGGGAUCCAGCUGAGGAACUCGGGGUUGGCAUCAGAAGACAAGGACUCCGCCACCAGCGAGAGUGCCGAGGAGCGGCGAGAGCGGGCCUUUGUGGAACUGGCCUCCCAGUGCCAAGCGGUCAUCUGCUGCCGCGUGACACCCAAGCAGAAGGCCUUGAUUGUGGCGCUUGUCAAGAAAUACCAGAACGUGGUGACGCUGGCCAUUGGGGAUGGUGCCAACGACAUCAACAUGAUCAAGACUGCGGACAUUGGCGUGGGGCUGGCGGGUCAGGAGGGCAUGCAGGCGGUGCAGAACAGCGACUACGUGCUGGCCCAGUUCCGCUUCCUACAGCGGCUGCUCCUGGUGCACGGACGUUGGUCCUACAUGCGGGUCUGCAAGUUCCUGCGCUACUUCGUCUACAAGACACUGGCCAGCAUGAUGGUCCAGAUCUGGUUCUCCUUCUACAGUGGCUUCACUGCCCAGCCUCUGUAUGAAGGCUGGUUCCUGGCCCUCUUCAACCUGCUGUACACCACCCUCCCGGUUCUCUACAUUGGGCUCUUCGAGCAGGACGUGAGUGCCGAGCAGAGCCUGGAGCUGCCUGAGCUGUACAUUGUAGGCCAGAAGGAUGAGCUCUUCAACUACUGGGUCUUCCUCCAAGCCAUUGGCCAUGGCAUGGCCACCUCCCUGGUCAAUUUCUUCCUGACUCUGUGGAUCAGCCAUGACUCAGCCGGGCCUGUCAGCUUCAGUGACUACCAGUCUUUCGCGGUGGUGGUGGCCUUGUCAGGCCUGCUGUCCAUUACCAUGGAGGUCAUCCUCAUCAUCAAGUACUGGACGGUCCUGUCCAUACUGGCCAUUUUCUUCAGCCUCUGCUUCUAUGUGGUCAUGACCUGCCUCACCCAGAGCAGCUGGCUCUUCAAAAUCUCCCCCAAGACCUUCCCAUUUCUGUACGCUGACCUCAAUGUGCUGUCCCAACCCCCCAUCCUGCUGGUGAUCCUGCUGAAUGUGUCAUUGAACACCCUGCCUGUGCUGGCCUUCCGUGUCAUUUACCAAGCCCUCAAGAGGCCACCACUCAAGGAGAAGGAAGAGGAGGAGGGGAAGACGCCAAGUGAAGAGGUCUUUGUGGUGGAGCCCAUGCCCUACUUACACCGGGAGUCAAGGACCCGUCGUUCCAGCUAUGCCUUCUCCCACCGGGAGGGCUAUGCGGACCUCAUCACACAGGGCACAAUUCUGCGGAGGUCACCAGGGGUCAACAGUGACAUGCUGUCUGAUCACACAACCCCACCUGAUGAGCUGUCCUCCAACAUUAAGGAAUCCCUCUGGUCCUCCAGGAAAAUGUCGUUCCUGGGAAGGAAGCGGCACCAGUACCGGGGGAAGGUGUCCUCCGAGGAGAUGCAGCCUGCCUCCCAGGCGAGCUCAUUCUUGACUGUGGAUGGGCAGUCGGCUCCUUAUCAGGAAAACCAGAACCCUCCCACCAAAAGCUCAGCCCUCUCCUUGAACCAACAGUCUGGGUCUUUGCAGGAGAAGUUGCCUGAGGGUCUGCCACCAACCAAGGAGAGGUCACUGUCAUCUAAGGAGAGCCAGGUGACAUUUUAUGAAAGCCAGUCACUGCCUUCGAGCCAGCUGUCUUUGAAGAUCCAGGCAGCACCACUGCAGGAGAUUCCAUCCCUCUGGAAGAUCCCAAAACUGUCCUGGAAGAACUGGCCAUACAUCUGGCAAAAGGAGCUCGGGCCCUCCAAGGAGGGGACCGUGCCAGGUUCCAACUCGACCAUUGCUGCUCCAGUGGAAACUCUGCCACCAAGUGCAAGAGAAUCAUCCACAAGCCAGCAGCCGAUGGAGGUAGAGCCCUCGCCUGCAGAGAGGCAGCCAUCACCCGUGGAGUGGCUGCCAGGGUCCAGUGGGGGCCAAGUUCCUCCUGAUGUAUCAGGGCAGCCACCCUCAUCUGAGCAGAAGCAGUGACUGCCUGGGCUUAGUGUCACUCAGCAAGGAAGAGGUCUUCCCCAAGAACGAGGGCUCUACAUGUUCUUCUCUGUCUAAUA